AUGAUUGGCAUAGUACUAUUGCUGGCCCUUGUUGUGGCAAUGAUCUAUGACUAUAUCUAUCCGCGCUAUCUGUAUCCUUAUAGGGCUCGAAAGCUUGGUGCAGAGCCUCCAACUGAGCAUCUAAGCUGGCCAUUUGGAAUUCCUGCCGGAUUUGGAUUUCUGAAAGAGGCCAGGCAGUUGAGACAAAUGGAAACAUCCCUAGAAUUCAGUCAUGGUCCGACCAAAACUGUUGUUUCCCAAGCGUUUGGUUCGCACAUCAUUGUUACUCGUGAUCCCGAAGUCAUCAAGGCCAUGCUGUCGACCCAGUUUGCAGACUUUGGACUGGCCAACCGCUACAAGGUUCUAUAUCCACUGUUGGGGGAUGGUAUUUUCACCUCUGAUGGACCACAUUGGAAGUCAUCACGCACUUUGCUUCGCCCAUUGUUCAUGAGAGAGCGGGUUUCCAACCUCAAGAUGAUGGAACACCACGUACAAAGUCUCUUCAAAGUAAUUGAUGGCUGGAACGGUCAGCCAGGCAAUGUGCAGACCCAAUUCCGUCUUCUCACGCGGGAUACCGCCUUACAUUUCUUGUUCGGUGUUGACAUGGAUAGCUUGGCGGGCGUUGAACAGUAUUUCGAAAUACGUGGAGGCGAGAAAAUCAGUGGAACAGAGCUAACCGAUGCAAUCAGGGUUGCAGCAGGCUGGCUCGGAGUCAGAGCAAAGCUGAUGCAGCUGUACUGGCUAGCCUCGCCUCCUCAAAUGUGGAAGGCAGUCAAAAUCUGUCACGCAUUCGUUGACAAGGUCAUUGAAACCGCCAAAACUAAGGACAAACUCGAGGACGAUGCAGAGUACAGUUUUGUUGCUGAUCUUUGCCAGUAUACGUCGGACUCCAAGCUGAUCCGUGACCAGGCUUUCAGUAUCUUUGUUGCAGGUUUUGGGACUACCUCUUCCUUAAUGUCACACCUCUGUAUGCAUCUUGCUGCUACAAAACGAUGGAAGAAGCUACGAGAGCAUGUGCUCCAUGAUAUCGGUACUGAUCCGUCUGCUGUGACCUUUGAAACCCUCAAGAGUUGCAAGUACUUGCAAUGGUGCAUCAACGAGUCUCUACGCAUGCACCCAAAUGUGCCUCUGAAUCUUCGCCGGGCCCGUCGCGAUAUCGUGCUGCCAACCGGCGGAGGUGUUGACGGUAAAUCUCCUCUGUUUAUUCCCAAGGGCCGUGACAUUGUCUACCACGUCCUAGCUCUCCACCACGACUUCGAUAUCUGGGGUAAGGAUGCUGAUGAGUAUAUUCCCGAACGGUGGGACAACCUAAAGGUUCCGUCUUGGUGCUACAUCCCAUUCAAUGGAGGCCCAAGAGUGUGUUUAGGUCAACAAUUCGCUUUGACAGAGGCCGCAUACGUGCUCUGUCGCCUGGUACAGGAAUACGACGAUCUUAUUGGGCCUGGAUACGAUGCCUACAAAUUCCGUUUCUCCCUAACUAUUGCUAUCGAGCCUGGUGUCACUGUGAAAUUCGUGCGCAGCUAG